AUGAGUGGAUUUUCUGUCAACCUCCUCGGCUUGAGGAUCUUCAUUUCUUGCAUAGGACUUGUGGGUAACGUAUUUCUCAUCCUCUCCAUCCUUAAGACCAAGUUCUCCCGAGUGAAGUCCUUUGAGUUCUUUCUGCUGGGACUGGCCACGGCCAACCUAGACGAGAUUGUCAUCAUGAACAUCUACGACACUGUUUUUCUUGAGGGUUACUUCAUCAUCACGAGCACAUGGCCGUGUCGCAUUCUCAAGUUCCUGACUAUGUUCGGGGAAAUCAGCAGCAUCCUCUUCACUGUCCUCAUCAGCAUCUACCGCUACCAGAAGCUGCGAGACGCCAGCACGAGGGUCAGUCUCCCGAUCUGUCUGGACAGCAUCAGGACAGCGUGGUUGGUGAGCGGGGUUUGUGUGGUGCUCUCGUUGCUGCUCAGUGUCCCCAUUUUUGUCAUAAACCUGCAAGGCCCUGCGGACAAUGUGACGAGAGACAAAGGCAGCUGCCCGCCAGACUUCUUUCAGUGUGGCAAACAUUUCUGUCCCCUAAUCAACCGCUUCUACAAAUACCUGUCCAUCAUGAUGUGCUACCUGCUGCCUCUCAUCAUUGUCACAGGCACCGGCUGCCUCAUCAUCAAAGUGCUGCUGAGCCAGAGGAAGCGGGUGACAUCCGUGACGAGCGUGAGCGUGUCGAGCCAGACCAGAAAGAAGAGUAAAGGUCCGGGGCGUCAGCGCAGCGUGAUAGCUGUGCUGGCCGCUAUGGGGUUGUUCCAAGUAGACUGGACUCUCUACCUGAUCUUCCAGCUGGCUUUCAUCCCCACUGACUUUCCUUUUUGGGAAGAAAUGGAGUUCUUCAUCUCAACUUCUUACACAUCCAUCAGUCCCUAUGUGUACGGGAUAGGAAACAAUCUGUUCUCUCUGAAAAACUUUAUGAGGAAGUGA